AUGGCAGACCCACGCCCUACCAAACGGGUUCACUUUCGGGAUGUCAACUCAACAACCCACCCUACGAGAUCUCCAUCUGCCCAAGAUAUUUACAAGUGGACAAACACAAUCAAGGCAACGGCCCCCUGCUUCAUCAGAGAUGUUCUCUCGAUGAGAGAAAAAGUCACUGAAGGUUACUUUUACUGGCUUGGCCAUAUUCCCUGCCGUAUUGUGCACAUCAUUGGUGUCGUGGUAGGGAUUGACGUAUCUGAUAAAUGGACGGUGUACACUGUUGACGAUCAUACAGGUGUCAUUGAGUGUAUGCUUCGCCACCCCCCGCCCUACGCCAACAUUGAUAUAAAGUCAAUGUCGACUGAAGACCUAUGUACGUUACGCAAACGUCCGCUGCCUCCACCCCCACCUACUGUCACCGCCAUCGGCUACCCAGUGGAUGUCAUUGGCAAAGUUAUGACAUUCCACGGUGGGCGGCGGAUUACAGCCAUAUCCAUCAGGGGCUGCAAUUCCACCAACGAUCAAUGGAAGCACGUUGUCACCGUCGUGGAACUUCACAAAUCCGCGUACUCAGUGCCAAAGCCCUUUGAGAUACCAGUAGAGAUGGACUCAGACAUAUUGGAGAAGUCCAUCAAGUGUCCAUCCUCACCUCUGACGCACAGUGCGACAUCCCGUCCAUCGACUUUUAUUAUGCCAGAUCAAUUUAUUCAUCCUUCUCAGUUGCGGACCGCUGACCUUACCGACAACACUUUUCGGUUAUACCUCAAGCAUCACAUUCAUAACGCGCUUGGCAAUAUCUGUGAUAUCGCCUCUCCAGCAUUCACCCUCUCCCAUCUACGCCGGAUUCCCGAACUUGCCCUUCUAGCUAGUCGGGUUGUUCAUGCCGAAAUGAGGCGACGCCCUCAACCUCACGCACAUGCUGCUCAGACCCGCAACUCCAACCUCCUGAGGGUCAGAAUGAAGCGCCUCUUUAUGUGGGCGAUCCUCCGGCUUUACGAAGAAGGGAGUAUCGUCCUUUACGAUAAGCCUUUGAUAGCCAUAAGUUUGUACCCAUCUGUGCCAAAUCUCCCUUCAACUGACCUCGCCAAUUCCCCAGGUUCCUGUAACACUCAGCAGUAUGUCACCUCUGAUGAUGAGGCCUAUCUAUCAGACCCACCACCGCUUGAAGAAGACGAGGCCUACGUUCCUGUGACUGCCACGCUCCUCUCUCAGCCUGUGCAAGAGAUCAUGUCUGCAAGAGGCAUUCGCGGAAAGAGUGCCAGGGUUAGACCUGAGGAUAUUCUCAGCGAUCUGAAACAAUUAGAUUGCCGUUGGGCAUGCAUUGACUUGCAGACUGUCGAUGAAGCCAUAGACACCAUUGUAAUUGCUUAA